AUGCCAGAAUUCGAGUUCCAAUUCAAAUUCAAAGAUCUCGGCAGGUUCCCCCGUCACCAUGAGAAAAAGUACCCUACAGACGCCGGGGACGUAACAACUCUGCCGUAUUCACCUCGGACGGACAGAUUCCAACUCGAACCGGACACUCAUAUUGUCCGCGACUGCGUCUGGUGGUUAAGCUGGAUCACCAUAGCGAUUCAGUUUGUUAUCGCUGCGCUUCCGUGGAUCACGUAUCACGACAGAUCCGUCUUGUACCUUACAGCGUACGGCACUGCACUUGCGCUAGGCACCAGAGCAUUGCAACAGAGGAAGGACGAAAAGUGGGCGGCCCAUGUGCUGAGCCGCGAUAAGGUGUUGUCUCUAACUGACAUACUGGCAUGGACGUUGUGGCUGAUAUGUGCCGCUGGGCUUCAGGACAGUGCUCUCUGUUAUCUCGGAGCUGUCUCGGGGAUAGGCAUAGCUCAGAUUUACGUCGCUGCGAGGGCUGCCAGGGACCCAAGCGCAUAUGGGCUGGUUGUUACACACUCUAAGCAGGACCCGGCUAUCAUUGGAGGAGAAAAGAACUAUAAGGACGACGAUAAGGCACAAGUGUCUAUGCGGGUCAAGGCCAAGCCUACCAAUUGGUAG